AUGGAUCUCAUGUUCAUUUUUGUGCUUCAUUCCCCUGUGUAUAUUGACUUUAACCUUAGCAUCUCAGCUGAAAAACUUGAAGACAUACUUGUUCACUUGGAUCUUCAUAACUGUGUGAAGAAUUUGGUCAAUAUUUUUGCUCCAAAUCUUAAGUAUUUGAAAUUGUUAGGGGAUGAUAUAUGGAUUGGCCAAAGUUUGGGGAAAUCUACGUCUUUAGAAAAAGCCGAGUUUUUUCUGGAUUCUAAUCGCCAUUGCUUUAAAAUAUUGUCUGAGGUUCUCAGCAGUAUAAACAAGGUUGAAACUCUUGCUCUAAACAGAGAGAUCACCAUGGCUGUCUUCUAUGGAGAUUUCAUACCACUGCUAUUAGAGAAUGUCUGUUAUUUGUCUAUUCAUGUUGGAAGCGUUCGUGAUAUGCUAUUAGAGAAUGCUCUGUUGAAGAAAGGUCCCAUGCCAACACCAUUCGAUAUCGAUGUUCGUUAUUUGCGUAUGGAAAUAGAGGGCUUGCUUGGUAAGAUUGUCCCAGCAGUGGUUUCGUAUUUGAAAGGACUGCGUAAUUUGAGAACUUUGCACAUAAAGGCUAAUAUUUUCCCCGUCGACUCUGAAACAGAAGUUAAGAAGGUUAACAAAAUGAGGCUCGCUGAGUACAUUGAAGCAAUGAGUGGUGUGAAGGUUAGUUUAGAUGCAAUGUUUGAUGUGCAGACAAAGAGAAUACGCGAGUACAAAAAAGGCAGCUGCUUAAUAUACUUGGCAUUAUCCAUCGAUAUGACUGUAUCGAGAAUUACCUUAUACCUUCUAAAGGGAGCCAUCACCAUCCUCCAGCACUGUGCACACCUAGUCCAUCUUCUUGUCACGCCCUAA